UUGUCACUGACGGGUGACCGUGCACUACUCAAGAAAAAUCUUCUGCAGCGAGCCACACUCGCGAAUCAAAUUUUGUACAGGCACCAGCGUGUGAGGCUGCCCCGAUCCGUGUGUGACGUACCGUGCGUGUGUGACAGUGAACUACUGAGAGCAGAGCAAGCAUAACUGCAAACUAAUCAACCGAAAAUGUUCUCCGCACUGUUGGAUGCCGCCCGCAACUCCCCCUUCAAGACGCCCUUCACCAAAGCACAGUGCGAUGGUGAAAACAAACCGCUGGUAGCUGGUCGUUCGAUUGCGGCCGCUGCUACCGAAGAAGUCGAAUUUGGUUCCACCAAGUUCUUCGUGCUGUGCGGUCUCGGCGGUAUCAUCUCGUGCGGUUCGACGCAUACCUUCGUCGUGCCGUUGGAUUUGGUCAAGUGCCGUCUGCAGGUAGAUCAGGCCAAAUACAAGAAUCUGUUCAACGGCUUCAAGGUUUCCGUCGCCGAGGAAGGUGCCAAGGGCCUGGUUAAGGGAUGGGCUCCGACCUUCUUUGGCUAUUCGGCACAGGGCGCCUUCAAGUUCGGUUUGUACGAAGUGUUUAAGGUGCAGUACGCCAACGUUUUGGGCGAAGAAAAUGCGUACCUGUACCGUACCUGGUUGUACUUGGCCGCAUCGGCUUCGGCCGAGUUCUUCGCCGAUAUCGCUUUGUCACCGUUCGAGGCUGCCAAGGUCAAAAUUCAGACGACACCCGGAUUUGCCAAUACGUUGCGUGAGGCAAUGCCCAAGAUGAUGGGCGACGAGGGUGUUGCUGCUUUCUACAAAGGUCUGGUGCCGCUGUGGUGUCGGCAGAUUCCGUACACUAUGAUGAAGUUUGCCUGCUUCGAAAAAACCGUCGAACUGCUGUACCGUUAUGUCGUACCGAAACCACGAGACCAGUGUAGUAAGGGUGAACAGUUAUUGGUGACCUUUGCCGCCGGUUACAUUGCUGGAGUGUUCUGUGCCAUCGUGUCCCACCCGGCUGAUGUUGUUGUGUCUAAGCUGAACCAGGCUAAGGGAUCAAGCGCCUUUGAUGUCGCCAAGCAGCUCGGAUUUAUGGGCAUGUGGAACGGUUUGAUGCCACGUAUUAUCAUGAUCGGUACGCUGACCGCGCUGCAAUGGUUUAUCUAUGACGGUGUUAAGGUUGCUCUGUCGAUUCCUCGUCCACCACCACCAGAGAUGCCAGAAUCGUUGAAGAAGAAGCUGGGAGUCCACUAAAGCUCGUACCCCUGUCUCUAAUGUCAACUAUUUCGUUUCGCUACACAGUCUAUUUAUAAGCAAAACCAAAAUUCUCAAAUGAAAUGGGAGCCGCGAUCGGUCGAGUUCUGUUUUUCAAGAAAUUAGGAUGAUAAAAUCAUGAAUUUAAAAAAUAGUUCGGGUAUGCGACUCAGUAUUGUUGACGGCUUCGAUAGGCACAAACACGCAUAAACAUUCGAAUGGAGAAUAGUAGUACCAAUCUCCGAUACGAGUGUAUUUGUUUGUUUAGAAUAGUUGUACUAUAAUUCCGUGGUAUGCCCUGCCGAUUAAUAAAAGUGGAAACAGUUCUUCAUGGAAGGACUUUAUUGAAAA